AACAAGCAAUAAAUCAGGAACUCCGUGAAGACGAGGGGUUCGAUUGUCCAGAAUUCUUUUAUCUGAAAAAUGUUCAGGAAAGACUUAAUGUGGGAAACCUCUGUAUUAAGUAUUAUAAAGCAGAUACUACUGAAUGGUAUAAUCCUAAAUAUUCUUGGUACUGCACUGGAUAUGCCAAAAAUAAAAAAGACGAACCUAGACCAUUAGUAUCUAUGGAGAAAGAUCCACUACUGGCUAGAGAAUUACUUAUUUGGAUCCAGAAAGCAAUUCCUAAUAAAUUCCCAUUUUUAAUAAGAGAUAAAGAUGGUGAUGUAAACGUCCACCCAAUUAAUAAUUUUCUAGCAAUUUAUGGAAUAAGCUCAUUACAUUUGAGAAAAAUUGGUUAUGAACAUGCUAUUACAAUUCAUGGAGAAACACUUGUAGAGGGAAAAAUCCCAGUAAAAGCAUCAAUCGAUACAACAUCUAAAUCCAAUACCAUUAGCAAGAACUUGUUCGAUAAGCUUGAAGAAGAUUAUGGGUUGGAAUGUUUAUCUGGCGAUGAAUUGAUCGGUGAAGAAAUAAAAGGCUUAGAUUUACAGUUUCACUAUAAAGGAAAGUGGCGAAGCUUAGAUUGUACUGAAGUAAUAGACUUUCAAAUUCGUAAAAAUCCGUCAUUCGAUCUGGUGUUGGGGCAAGAUUGGUUAUGGAUGCGUGAAGCAAAAAUAAGCUUUGGACAUUCUCCCAAAACCUGUGUCCGCCAUGCUAAAAUUGUAAUAGAUGGUAUGAGCAUCCCGUAA